AUUUGCGUAAGUCGAUUUCGUGUUACUGUGUGUGUGUGUGUGAGCUUAGAGCAAAGGGGUACGUUGGCGAUGGUAAUACAUAUUCGUGUGCAUUUGGAAAAACAUGGAACGAGUCGAUUAGCGUAAUACCACGCACGCUGUAACGCACAUAUAACCGAAUAAUAUACUCUUCCAAAAAAAGUAACGAUGAUAUUUGGCCAAAAUCUCUACAUAUAAAGUGAAAAAAAGCAUUAGAUCCUUGUACAUGGAAAAAUGCUGAUUAAAUAAUAUUUAAGAAAAUUGAUUAUUUUAACCAAAGUAAAAAGUAUUCGACAAAUACUAUGGGGGCAUUUUUGGAUACUCCUAAAACAGAUAAAUACAAUGAACAUGGGGCUGGCAAUGGAUUACGAUAUGGCGUCUCCAGUAUGCAGGGUUGGCGAUUGGAAAUGGAAGAUGCUCAUAGAGCUAUAACCGGCUUGGGAGGUGGCCUUUCCGAUUGGAGUUAUUUUGCUGUGUUUGAUGGGCAUGCAGGGGCAUUAGUAUCAGAGCACAGUGCAGAGCAUUUGUUAGAGUGCAUUAUGAAGACUGAAGAAUUCAAAGCAGAGGAUGUCAUUAAGGCAAUACAUUCUGGAUUUCUUCAGCUUGAUGUUGAAAUGAGAGACUUACCAGAGAUGAGCGAUGGAAAAGAUAAAUCUGGUUCAACAGCUGUCUGUGCAUUUAUAUCUCCCAGAAAUAUAUAUAUUGCUAAUUGUGGAGACUCUAGAGCAGUACUUUGCAGUUCCGGAUGCCCGGUAUUCUCUACCAGAGAUCAUAAACCAUUUUUAGCUGCAGAGAAAGAAAGAAUACAGAAUGCAGGUGGAAGUGUCAUGAUACAAAGAGUAAAUGGUGCAUUGGCAGUAUCAAGAGCAUUGGGAGACUACGAAUAUAAAAAUUUGAAAGAUAGGGGCCCCUGCGAACAGUUAGUGUCACCAGAACCAGAAAUAUUCGUAAGAGACAGAGAUGAUGAACACGAUGAAUUUCUAGUUUUAGCAUGUGAUGGUAUUUGGGAUGUUAUGAAUAAUGAAGACUUAUGUGGUUUUAUACGAUCAAGGCUACUGCUUACGGAUGACUUAGAAGCAGUGACAAAUCAAGUCAUAGACACAUGUCUUUACAAGGGUAGCAGAGAUAAUAUGAGUAUUGUCUUGGUUACGUUCCCCGCGGCGCCAAAACCAAAUUCCGAAGCCCAGGAAAAGGAAGCUGAACUGGAAAUAGCCAUUGAAAGGAGUAUUAAAGAAAUAGUAGCGGAACAAGAAGAAGAGGAGAAGUUCGACUUCAUCAAAUUAAUACAACUUCUUGUGGACCAACAGUUCCCCAAUUUACCUCCCGGAGGAGGACUUCAAUCUAAGCAACCUUUGAUCGAACAAGUGUUUCGAGAAGCAUGUCCUAAAAAAGCGAAUACUAAUUCACAGUCCAGUUAGUGUACUGAGUAUGUAUACAGUUUGAUACAUGUGGUAUGCAAUAGACUGGCCCAGUCCAAUAGUGGUGAAAGUGAAAUGUCCAUCAACAAGAAACAUAGUGGAGUGCUACAUGAGCAGAGACUGUGCAAGGUGGCAAUAAAUGAUACAGACACAUAAUUUCAUGAUAAUGAUUUAUCGUCAAAGUCAUCACACAUCAUAACUACCAUAGCUAAUAUCAAAUUUAUAACUCUAAGAUCAACCGUACAAAAAUACCUUAUCUUUAGCCAAGAAUUCUAAUAUUGCUUUUUUAUUUUAUUUUCUUUAUCAAUUUUUAGAUUAUUUUAGAACUUAGUUUGUAUUACGUAAUACGUUGAUAUCUUUUAAUACUUAUUAUAUUUCAAACUUAUAUAUAAUCUAUUUGAUAAGAGCGAUGUUUUUUUUCAAUAUAAUGAAGAUAAAAUACAAACUCUGUUCAUACACGUAUUUCGUAUAUGAUAGAUACUUUGAAGAUAAGUUAUAUUUUUUAAACAAGAUAGAUCAUGUUCAAUCACGUUCGAAGUUAUUUUUUGUUUUUUAUUAAAUGUUCCAACGAUAAGUAAUUAGAUUUUGAAUUUAAUGUUGACUUAUUAACGUCCAAUGAGACUUCAUUUUAAUAUAUAAUACUUUUAUUUUUUUUUUCAUAUGUUAUGUACUAUACCUUAUUCCUUCAAAUGCGUUUAUUUAGUUAUAACUAAUUAUAUUACAUGCAAUUAUUUUUUUAUGAUGAAAAAUUAUAAACUUUUAAUAAUCUUUUAAUAUGUUCUUGUUUUUCUUUUUGGAUAAUGCAUUUUUUUACAAUCAUAUCAUGAUAAAAUGAUAAAAUGAAAAAAUCAUGAUAUGUAUUGAUAAAAACAUUUGUAUUUAUUGAACAGAUUCAAAUUCAAUUUUAUUAAUAUUUUUUUACUUUUAUUCGAUUAUACAUUCUGCAAUAAUUUUAUCUUCUUGGCUAUGAGAUUUGGGACCAAUUUUAAAGUUGAUCUAAUUAAUAAAUCAGUUAAACUUGUCCUUUAAGAAUCCAGACUAAAGUCAAUUGCGAUAUUUUAUAAAAUAUUAUUUUAUAAUAUAAAAAUCACAGUCCAAUACAUGAUAUACUUGAUUAAAAAAAAAAUAUAAAAAUGAAAAAAGAAAGUUUAUGUUAUACAAGUGUCAUAUAAGGCAAUAUACAUAUGUCAACAAUAUUACAUUAUGUAAAUGAAUAUGUUAUGUAAUAAAAAUGAAA